AUGAGUGGAGAAAUUCCAACCUUUAAAUUAGUUUUAGUUGGUGAUGGUGGUACCGGUAAAACCACUUUUGUUAAACGUCAUUUAACUGGUGAAUUUGAAAAAAAAUAUAUUGCUACACUAGGUGUUGAAGUCCAUCCAUUAAAAUUUUUCACUAAUUGUGGUGAAAUCAAAUUUGAUGUUUGGGAUACUGCUGGUCAAGAAAAAUUUGGUGGUUUAAGAGAUGGUUAUUAUAUUAAUGGUCAAUGUGGUAUUAUUAUGUUUGAUGUCACCUCAAGAAUUACUUAUAAAAAUGUUCCAAACUGGCACAGAGAUUUAGUUCGUGUUUGCGAAAAUAUUCCAAUUGUUCUUUGUGGUAACAAAGUCGAUGUGAAAGAAAGAAAAGUUAAAGCUAAAACUAUUACUUUCCAUAGAAAGAAGAAUUUACAAUAUUACGAUAUUUCUGCUAAAUCAAAUUAUAACUUUGAAAAACCAUUUUUAUGGUUAGCAAGAAAAUUAGCUGGUAAUGCUCAAUUAGAUUUUGUUGCUUCUCCUGCCUUAGCUCCUCCAGAAAUUACUGUUGAUGGAAAAUUAAUGCAACAAUAUCAAAAUGAACUUGACCAAGCUUCUGCUAUGCCUUUACCUGAUGAAGAUGACGCUGAUUUAUAA